CAGUGCAAGGGCAGCCCCUCCUCUUCCUCUGCAUGGCCCCGCCCAGCAAAGCCCCUCGGCGCCACUUCCGCUUCCUCCGGGAUGAGCUCGAGGUCUCCGAGGGCAUCGUGGAAGGUUCUGGAAGCGCCCGGCUGAGGGUGGAGAGGAGCGGCCAGAACCAGACCGGGAACUUCAGCUGCAGCUAUGAGGAGAUGACCGAGGGGCGCUGGAUUGCCUCCUACCCCAGCGAGGCCGUGGCAGUGGUGGUGGAAGACCCGUGUCCGCCCCCCGUGCUUUGGGUGGAGCCUCCCCGACGUCACUUUCGGCGCCGCUUCCGCUUCUUCCGCGAUGGUGUCGAGCUGACUCCGGGUGACCUCAUCGAUGACGUCAUCAGUGACGUCACUGGUGAUGGGUCCCAGCUGGUGUUCCCGCGGAUUUCGCCAGAAUUUUCUGGAAUUUUCAGCUGCCUGCUGGAGGAGGAGGUGGGCGGGGCCUGGGUGGAGGCUCCGCCCAGUGAAGGCGUGGCCGUGGGUGACCUCUCCCCUCCCGCCCCAAUCUCGGUGACGCCGGCCAAGGCGCGUUUCCUGGUGGGCGAUGCCGUGUCCAUCUCCUGCGCCGCGCCGGCGCCGCCCAGCACCGACCGCAUAUCCAGGCCUUCCGCUUCAACGGGCACCUCAGGCUGGGCCAGCGACGUCCGUGCUUCCCGCCGGAUGUCUGUCCACACCUUCACAGUCACCGGGCCCCAUGACGGCGGCUUCCACACCUGCUCCUACAGCGUCGUCCGGCGCGGUGGCCGCGUCCUCCACUCGCCACCCAGCCGGGCUGUGGUCAUCAAUGUCCGAGACCGCCCGACCCAACCCAACCUGACGGUGACACCCUCGGGCCUCACAGUGCAAGGGCAGCCCCUCCUCUUCCUCUGCAUGGCCCCGCCCAGCAAAGCCCCUCGGCGCCACUUCCGCUUCCUCCGGGAUGAGCUCGAGGUCUCCGAGGGCAUCGUGGAAGGUUCUGGAAGCGCCCGGCUGAGGGUGGAGAGGAGCGGCCAGAACCAGACCGGGAACUUCAGCUGCAGCUAUGAGGAGAUGACCGAGGGGCGCUGGAUUGCCUCCUACCCCAGCGAGGCCGUGGCAGUGGUGGUGGAAGACCCGUGUCCGCCCCCCCGUCUUUGGGUGGAGCCUCCGUCUGGCGUGGUCACUGCGGGUCAGCGGCUGCGCCUGACCUGCUCCGCGAGCCGACGUCACUUUCGGCGCCGCUUCCGCUUCUUCCGCGAUGGCGUCGAGCUGACUCCGGGUGACCUCAUCGAUGACGUCAUCAGUGACGUCACUGGUGAUGGGUCCCAGCUGGUGUUCCCGCAGAUUUCGCCAGAAUUUUCUGGGAAUUUCAGCUGCCUGCUGGAGGAGGAGGUGGGAGGGGCCUGGGUGGAGGCUCCGCCCAGUGAAGGCGUGGCCGUGGUGGUCAUGGACCUCUCCCCUCCCGCCCCCAACAUCUCGGUGACGCCGGCCAAGGCGCGUUUCCUGGUGGGCGAUGCCGUGUCCAUCUCCUGCGCCGCGCCGGCGCCGCCCAGCACCGACCGCAUCCAGGCCUUCCGCUUCAAUGGCACCUCAGGCUGGGCCAGCGACGUCCGUACGUCCCGCCGGAUGUCUGUCCACACCUUCACCGUCACCGGGCCCCAUGACGGCGGCUUCCACACCUGCUCCUACAGCGUCGUCCGGCGCGGUGGCCGCGUCCUCCACUCGCCACCCAGCCGGGCUGUGGUCAUCAAUGUCCGAGACCGCCCGACCCAACCCAACCUGACGGUGACACCCUCGGGCCUCACAGUGCAAGGGCAGCCCCUCCUCUUCCUCUGCAUGGCCCCGCCCAGCAAAGCCCCUCGGCGCCACUUCCGCUUCCUCCGGGAUGAGCUCGAGGUCUCCGAGGGCAUCGUGGAAGGUUCUGGAAGCGCCCGGCUGAGGGUGGAGAGGAGCGGCCAGAACCAGACCGGGAACUUCAGCUGCAGCUAUGAGGAGAUGACCGAGGGGCGCUGGAUUGCCUCCUACCCCAGCGAGGCCGUGGCAGUGGUGGUGGAAGACCCGUGUCCGCCCCCCGUGCUUUGGGUGGAGCCUCCGUCUGGCGUGGUCACUGCGGGUCAGCGGCUGCGCCUGACCUGCUCCGCGAGCCGACGUCACUUUCGGCGCCGCUUCCGCUUCUUCCGCGAUGGUGUCGAGCUGACUCCGGGUGACCUCAUCGAUGACGUCAUCAGUGACGUCACUGGUGAUGGGUCCCAGCUGGUGUUCCCGCGGAUUUCGCCAGAAUUUUCUGGGAAUUUCAGCUGCCUGCUGGAGGAGGAGGUGGGCGGGGCCUGGGUGGAGGCUCCGCCCAGUGAAGGCGUGGCCGUGGUGGUCAUGGACCUCUCCCCUCCC